AUGGCCUUGGUCACAGAGCGUGGCGGGAUCGGUGGGCUGAGAGCAGUUGUAUAUCGAGCUGCGUGUCUUCAUCCGCACCCAUGCCCAUGCCGUCCUCGCAAGGACAUGACAAACCUAGCGAGUCAUGUCUCCUCAAAUAGGACAACGGUUAGCAGACUCUCUCUGCACGACAAUCUCCGCACAAGACACCCAUCGGCCAGCACAUAUUCAGUCCCAUUCGCAGUCGCCUCGUCGCUUGAAACAACUCCCUCCGUCAUGAAACUCGGCACCACCGUCCUCUCGGCGUUCUCCUGCGCCGCCGGCUGUCUGGUGUGCGCCGGCUGCAGAGCUGCCGCCUGUGACGCACUUAUCGACGGGGUGUCACGGGCGAACGCCGCAAGCGGGCCCGCGCCAAGAUCUUCAUUCACUGCAAGACCCUGCGACGUGUUCAUCAUCUGCAAAAUGCCAGGGCCGCCGGCGGCUCCCGCGUGCCAUGACCACUGGGCCAGCCUGUAG